UCCAACUCGUCCUCGGCUCGCCACCAUGAAGGCUGGCUUCAACGCUGCAGUGGUCGUUCCUCUGGCGCUCAUCCUCGCCGCGGCCGCCACCGCCAAACCAACACCCACGGAUGACACUCUGCCAGCAGAUCUUGAGCUGCAAAGGCACGGCAGCCCCUUGGCGCAAUUAGCAUCACCUCGACAACUUGUUCUACGAGACACCUUUUUACAAGUGCGGCCCAGACCCAUCAGGGCGUUCGAUACUUUGACCGGGGCGUCAUUUGGAACUAAUAAGAGAGGUGCCGGAUUUGAUUCAAUCAAUGGCGUUUCUUUCGGAGGCCAGAAGCGCAACUUUGACGAGAUCGACAGGUCUGCCUUUGACGGUUUCUACAAUUACUACAAGAGAAAUUUUGACGAGAUAGACAGGACAGCAUUCAAUGGCUUCUACAAGCGGAACUUUGAUGAGAUCGAUCGGGAUGGAUUUGAUGGGUUCUACAAACGCAGAGAUCCCUCAGCUAAUUAAAUUCCACCUUCUUUAAACGAAGUGUCUCUCACACUGAAGUGCAUCCUCCAUUCUCACACAACUAUCCAUAUCAUACCAAGAGGAACUUUCUCAUUCUUUUCGAAACUGUACCUUCAUUUUUUUUCUUUUAGGCAGGCUGGAUUUGUAAUUAGCUAAUAAAGAAUUAACCGAAGCUACAA